AUGUGGAUUACCAACAUUCUACUACUCCUGGCGCUGGGCUACCAUGCUGUUUCGGCCAGGAUGGUCAUCGGUUACCGAACAGUUUCAGAAAACGCACCUUUCAGAGACCCGGACUAUGAUGAUAGCGAAGGCUGGUCCCAGCUUGGGAAUGGUGUGUACACGACACCGACUCCAGCUGGAUGGAGUAGCUAUGGCGUUUCAAAUUGGUACUGUGCUAUCAAAGCAGAUGAGGAUAAGUUUACUGCGGCAACUAAGGCAUGGAUUCCUUAUGCCGAUUAUUACGACAACCGUCUUUGGAAUCAAGGAGAGAGUGCUCUCACAGGCUACAUAUCGGAUUCACUCAACGAGGAACCUGAUAAAACCCUCCGUCUGUCUUACAUAGGUGGCCACGGAUAUAAUGAGCAGAUGCUCAUCCCAACCGAAAUGGUGAACUCUGACGCUUUGGACUUCUAUGCACAGUGCUUUGGAACCAAGCAGGAGUUGCUAGAUUAUAGCGACGAAGUCGUUGAUUAUGACAGUUGGUCUAAUUUGGUUGGGUACAAGGGAAAUCCUAGGAAGUAG